CAUACACGAAUGUUUCUUACGAAUGCUAACGAAUCACCAAAAUUUACAAGAUUCGUUAAACUUUAACGAAUCUUUUGCGAAUAAACCACUUUUACGAGUGAUUUGCGAGUGCUUUACGAUUGGUUACGAUUUACUAAGAAUGAAUGCGAUGCUUUUACGAUAACAGUAGACGAUUCAUUGCGAAUAGAUACGAGCAAUUAACGAAUGCAUACGAGUGUUUUGCGAGCACAAUACGAAUGGUAACGAUCUGAUCCAAGUUUUUACGAUUGGUUAACGAAUAGUUUACGAUAGCCCACGAACAUUUGCGAUUGAGUUACGAGUGUUUUACGAAUGUUUAUUUUUUUUGCAAUGGGAAAUGCAUGCACUCAUAUAGAUAGUAGGCCAUACAGUCUCAUUUAUUAUCCAUGUAAACAUUCGGAGUAACAAGACAUGUCUUACGAGAGAAAUAAAUUAUUACUCUUCCAUAACUUCCUUCGACUUCUUCUUCCACUGGCACAGAGGGCAGAGGAAGAAAAUCAACAACUGUUUCCUCUUUGUUUUAGGAGGAGGAGGAGGCGGACUCAACGUAGAUUUUGGUGCAGGCCAUGGCUCAUCAGAAGAACUUUGUUUGGACAAUAUGACCAACUCCUGCAUGAGCUUAACCGGGAAGAUGCGUCUGGUUACAGAAACUUUUUAAGAGUUGAUGCCGACUUGUUUGGGGAGAUACUUGACAGAAUUACCCCUGCAAUCAGAAAAAGCUCUACCUCUUUCAGGGAACCACUUGAACCAGGACUGAAGUUAGCCGUUACACUCAGACAUUUGGCUACCGGUUCCACGUAUGCUGAUCUUAUGUAUGCCUUUCGUGUUGCCCGGAACUCCAUAUCACUCUUUGUGCCUAAAGUCUGCGAAGCAAUUUACUUAGCAUACAAAGAUGAAGUCAUGCCGGAUGAGAUUACGACGGAAGAUUGGAUGCGUAUAGCAUCUGACUUUGAAAGAAUAUGGAACCUCCCACACGUUUGUGGUGCUUUGGAUGGGAAGCACAUUAGAAUAAGAAAACCGCCUAACUCGGGGUCGUUAUUUUUUAACUACAAACAUUUCUUCUCUACAGUGAUGAUGGCUCUAGUUGAUGCAGAUUAUAAGUUUAUUUGGCUGAGUGUGGGCUCAUACGGAAGUGCAUCUGAUAGCCAGAUAUUUAGGGACUCGGAACUACGACCAAUGUUAGAAGAUGGAACUUUGGAUCAUCCGCCUCCCUCCCCUCUUCCAAAUGGUGAAACAGAUAUUCCUUAUUUUCUUAUUGGCGAUGACGCAUUUCCUCUCCGAUCCGAUCAUGGAUGAUGAAACCCUAUUCAAGAAAACGUUUAGACCACGAUGAGCGCAUCUUUAACUAUAGGUUGUCCCGUGCACGUAGAAUUGUGGAGAAUGCUUUUGGCAUUCUUGCCAUGAGAUUUCAGAUUUUGAUUGGAACUAUGCAACAACUGCCGGAAACAGUAGAUUUAAUCGUACUGUCUUGUACUACUCUUCAUAACUUACUUCGGAUAAGGAAACGUGCUGAUCUACAACUGUUUGCUGACGAAGAAGACAACAAUCAUAAUUUAAUAGAGGGACAAUGGCGACAAGGUGCGCAACUUACCGACGGAGACCCAGGGUAUCAGAGAAAUUUUGGUAACGCUGCUGGAAUUGAUCAAAGGAACUAUCUUAAAAAUUACUUCAACUCGGAAGCAGGCGCCUUAGAUUGGCAAGAGAACAUGAUUUGACUGGUUCAGAAACAUUGAUUGUUUUGAAUGCAUCAGUAUUGUGUUAAUUGAUGUAAUGUUUAAAAAUAAAAAUUUAGAUAUAGAUAGGACUAUAAAAAAUCUCAGAAUGAGGUUCUAUCAUAAUGAAUAAUUCACUCCAACUUUGUUUGACAUACACUUUAUAAUACAAAUUUGUUGCAAUACUAGUACUUGGAA